UGAGUUGAUACGGUAAACAAACGACGGCAGUGGUUAAUUUGAACUUUGGGAGAGACAAAUUCUUAUCGGAGAAGAUUCACGAUGAAUAAAAGGAUAUCUUUCAGAAUCCAUGGAGGGAUAGUUCAAGGUGUAUUCUUCCGCAAGCAUACGCAGACGCGAGCUCAGGAGUUUGGGGUCACGGGCUGGAUCCAGAAUAUCGCUGGUGAAAAGAUCGAAGGCGAAGCUCAAGGCGACGAAAAUGCUCUGCAGGAGAUGGUGAAGGAGAUUAAGACCGGCCCGCCAAAUGCAGUGGUUGUCAAGGUGGAGACGGAGGAUAUUCCGGUGGUGGAGGGGGAGAAGGAGUUUGUGGUCAAGAGGACUGUGAGAUAGAUUCACGUGCUUGGAUUUCCAAGGCGGGGGGGACGGUAAUGUAGGGGUGAUGAGAUGUGAGGAUAGAGGCUUGAGUGUUUAUUCCUACUCUGCUCUUGUUGUAUUUGUCCAUGGCCAGCUAUAUCGUGUCACCAUUCUAUGCAUCUGUGGGUACCUACUCUGGUAUGCUUAGUUGCUGUCUGUCUAUGUCAUUGGUGCAUACAAGUAUCAGAGUAGUGAGAUGUAUUAAUUGAGGCUGACAGGGUUAGCACAAAUAUGUUGAGGGAAAGAGAAUGGGAGCUUUUCCCCAGUGCAAUCGUCGGGCUCCCCGAUUGGCGCUUGGCGUGAGCAGAUUGCCUCGGAACUCCGGCGCAUUGGGUUUCAGGCCCAAACCCUUCUGUUACUCAGGGCAUUUGGGUAGGCCCUCCGAAAAGACAUAAAUAAUACGUAGGCUCCAUAGGUAGU